AUGGAGAUUGAGAUAAUGUCAAGAGAGUGCAUCAAACCCUCUUCUCCAACACCUCAUCACCUUAAAACCCACAAGAUCUCUCUGGUUGAUCAGUUCAGCAUUCCCAUGUUUGUUUCCACAAUCAACUUUAAUCUCCCAAACCAAGCAGCUGCCUCCAUCUCAAAGAGAUCACAAGUGUUGAAACAAUCUCUAUCAAAGACACUCAUUCUUUAUUACCCCCUCGCUGGAAAGAUCAUCGACGCUCUUUCCGUUGAUUGUAACGACGAGGAAGUUUCUUAUAUGGUGGCACGAGUUAAUUGCAAUUUACGCUAUUAUCUCAAGCAGCCUGAUUUCUCGAAUCUGCCCAAGUUUGUGCCAGGAGAGAUCAUUCUUCAUGAAAUGACUCCUGGUGCUCAUGUCGCUGUUGUGCAAGAAACUGUGUUUGCUUGUGGUGGUUUUUCCAUAGGCCUUGUUAUUGCACACAACUUUUUUGAUGGAACUUCUGCAAUAGUAUUUCUGAAAAAUUGGGCUACGAUUGCUCGACAAGAAGUGGCUCAAUCUACCGAUUUUAGCUCCUCGUAUAUCUUUCCUCAAAACACUUCAUUCCGAUAA